GUUGACGUUGUGGGGAGGAGGCACAGCAGGAUGGAGGAGGAAGCGGGCCGGGACUAGGAGGAGAAUGAGCAGCUAGACAGAGCAGGCAGUGAGCGCCGCUUCUCCUCUGUCCGCACAGUCACACCAUCGGGGGACCCGUGUGACCAGCAGCCAUGUCUGUCACCACCAGCCUCCUGUGUAUCAGCCCUGGCCUGGGGAACUGAACUAUGGGAACUUGAGAGUCGCCGCGGAUGUGCUAGACUGCAAGAGCACUGCCAUCAGUAUUAUUCGAAGGAGACACCAUUGUCCGGGCUGGAUAUUUACCACGUAUCAUGGAACCUGUCACAAAGUGGACUCCAACGCAAGUAGUGGACUGGAUGAGAGGACUUGAUGACACUUUGCAGCCCUAUGUUGUCAGCAUAGAAAGGGAGAAGAUUAAUGGUGAACAGCUCCUAAAGAUAUCCCAUCAGGAUCUGGAAGAACUAGGCGUGACACGAAUUGGUCACCAGGAGCUUGUUCUUGAGGCUGUGGAUCUCCUUUGUGCCUUGAAUUAUGGUCUGGAAACUGACAAUAUGAAAAACUUGGUGCUAAAACUCAGAUCGUCUUCCAACAACCUUCAAAAUUAUAUUGGCAACAGGAGGAAAAAUGCAACUUAUGAUGGGACUACUUCAUAUAAACCUCCCAAUGAGUUCCUUACAUCAGUGGUAGAACUGAUAGGCACAGCCAAAGGCAUGUUAGCAUGGCUGGACAGGACACCAUUUACUGGGAUCACCGACUUCUCUACAACAAAGAACAAAAUCAUUCAGCUUUGUCUGGAUUUGACAACCACCGUUCAACAGGAAUCCACAGUUGCUGAAAUGGAAGAUUCAGUUCUAAACGUUUCUAAAGUUCUAAAUGGAAUAUGUGACAAAACGUACCGAUUUACCACAGACCCUUUAACAAGUCAAAGUGCCUGUCUGGAGGAAGUCGUCCUAACUAAUAUUAGACCGGGGGAAGGGUUGGGAAUGUAUAUCAAAUCCACAUAUGAUGGGCUGCAUGUCAUUACAGGAACUACAGAAAAUUCGCCAGCUGAUAUGUCCCGGAAGAUUCAUGCAGGUGAUGAAGUGAUACAGGUUAACCGCCAGACUGUGGUUGGAUGGCAAUUAAAGAAUCUUGUAGCAAGAUUGAGAGAAAAUUCGGGUGAAGUCACCCUGGUUCUAAAAAAAAGACCGACAGGAACUUUCAAUUUCACUCCUGCUCCUUUGAAAAACUUGAGAUGGAGACCACCUGUUGUGCAGACAAGCCCACCGCCCACUACAACACAGUCUCCUGAAAGCACAUUGGAUACCUCACUAAAGAAAGAGAAGCCAGCAAUUCUUGAUCUUUACAUUCCCCCACCACCAAGAGUUCCUUACUCCCCAAGAGAUGAGAAGAUGAGUUUCAGUUACAGUGGUUACAGAGAUUCACAUCCACGCUCAAAAGGUUCUGAAUCUCCAAACUCUUUCCUUGAUCAGGAAAGCCGAAGGAGGUUUACUAUUGCAGACUCGGAUCAGCUGCCCUCAUAUCCAAUUGAAGUUCAUGUCCAACCUGCUAAACUAAGAGACAAGACUCCAAUGUAUGGUAAGCCACGUCCUCUAUCUAUGCCUGCUGAAGCUAGCUGGAUUGUGUCUACAGAAUCGUUUUCACGGCAUAGAAUGACAGGAAAAAAAGGUGAUGAAGCACUCUCCAGGUAUUUCAGUAAUGAGAGGAUAGCACCAAUAAUAGAAGAAAGUGUAUCAUCUCGUAAUUAUUUUACCAGAUCAACUGAGAGGCAUUUAAUCAGAGGAACAGAUUAUAUUAGGGGCAGCCAUGGUCUUCUAAACAUGGACUUGCACAAUAGCGCAACAAUGCCAUACCAGGAGGAAGGUUCCAGGAAACACACUACCGCUUCCUCUUCAAAAAAUAGCACCACGGAACCCUCACUACUGGUCAGUUGGUUUACCAAACUAAAACUCUUGAGUCGCUGACAUCGUUUCCAUAGACAUUUACCUUUCAGUGCCUUUGCCCUUAUAAUGGCAGUAUUAUGUGAAGCUAGUUCCCCAGCAAUGAAUGGGAUUUGCCUUCACAGCUUGCUUACUUUUGCAAAAUGGCAUCAGGAUAUGACAAUGCCACAAAUAAUUUAUCAGCAAUAAAGAGGAAAUAAAUAUUUUGAAAUCA